ACGUUGCCGUGGAGUCGGAACCUCAGUUAGUGUUGUGUUUUCUCCCGUCUUCUUUGGAUGUUACACCCCAGACGCUUCCCCUGAAACAAGCGAACUCAUUCAAGGAUUUUUUGCUGAAGGUCCUGUGUGAAACGUUAAAAGAUGUUUUUGACCAGAUCGGAAUAUGACAGAGGUGUGAAUACAUUCUCACCUGAAGGAAGAUUGUUCCAGGUUGAAUAUGCCAUAGAGGCGAUAAAGUUGGGCUCUACAGCCAUUGGUAUCCAGACAUCAGAGGGGGUGUGUCUGGCUGUGGAGAAGAGGAUCACCUCUCCCCUGAUGGAGCCCAACAGCAUUGAGAAGAUUGUGGAAAUCGACAGUCACAUCGGUUGUGCCAUGAGCGGCUUGAUAGCUGAUGCUAAGACUCUCAUUGACAAAGCGAGAGUGGAAACACAAAACCACUGGUUUACCUACAAUGAAACAAUGACAGUGGAGAGUGUGACUCAAGCUGUGUCCAACCUGGCCCUGCAAUUUGGAGAAGAAGACGCGGACCCUGGUGCCAUGAGUCGACCCUUUGGCGUUGCUCUCCUGUUUGGGGGAGUUGACGAAAAAGGACCCCAGCUCUACCACAUGGACCCAUCAGGAACUUUUGUGCAGUGUGAUGCUCGGGCCAUCGGUUCCGCGUCUGAAGGAGCACAGAGUUCUCUGCAAGAGGUUUACCACAAGUCCAUGACAUUAAAAGAGGCCAUCAAGUCGUCUCUCACCAUUCUGAAGCAAGUGAUGGAGGAGAAACUCAACGCCACCAACAUUGAGCUGGCAACAGUAGAGCCUGGCAAGACCUUCCACAUGUAUUCCAAAGAGGAGCUGGAGGAUGUAAUCAAGGACAUCUAAAGCAGACAGACUUGGUCUUGGUUGGAGUUUUGGGCUGGCAAGGAGAGAAGACGGGGGCCGGAUGUCACAACUUUCCAACAGCACAUUGUUGAUCUUGUUGCGUUCAAAAGUUUUUGUUUUGAUCGCCACAAGGUUUCUGUUUGCAAUGUGCCAAUUUAGUUCUUGUCCCCCAGUGUCUGAACAUCUCUGUAUAGGGUUCUGACCAGUUCUUACAACUGAGCGGCAGGAAGAAAAAAAAAUAUGGGUGGGGGCGGGGGUGCAUUUUUUGUUACGAAUCAGUACUUCGAUUAAACUCUUGUAUUCAGAAAGUGA